CCAGACAGCUCGGGCUCCCGCGGCGCUAGGCGGAGCCAGGGCCAGUCCGCCCCGCGCUCAGGUGAGCUAGACGGGACGGAACUAACAGGAGCCCGUGCCAGGCUCGGGUGCCCGCGGCCGCCGCUCCGAAUCACGGGCCACAUUCGCUUUCCCCGCCGACACCGAGGCGCCACGGAGCCAUGGCCGACCUGAACUGCAGGGUCACGGUCGGACUGCUGGGGGUCCUGCUGCUGGGCGCUGCGUGCCUGGCCCGCGGAGGGGAAACUUAUGAGAUUGCUCUGCCACGUGGAAGCAACAUUACAGUCCUCAUAAAGCCUGGGGCCCCAACUCGGCCAGCGAACCUAUGUCACAUCAUUUCUAAAGGAUUAGUAACCCCAUUGUCCAUCAAAGCCGGAGAGACAGUAGUCUUUUCCUUUACCUGCCAGGAUCCAGAGAAUCACUUUUUUAUCGAGAUCCAGAAGAAUAUUGACUGCAUGUCAGGUCCAUGUCCUUUUGGAGAGGUUCAUCUUCAGCCCUCAAUGUCGGUGUUGCCCGCCCUCAACAGAACCUUCAUCUGGGAUGUCAAAGCUAACAAGAACAUCGGUCUAGAACUGCAGUUCUCCCUCCCUCGCCUGAGGCAGAUCGGGCCGGGGGAGAGCUGCCCGGACGGAGUCACUCAUAGCAUCAGCAGCCGCGUUGACACCACGAUGGUCAGGAUUGGAACCUUCUGCAGCAACGGCACUGUGUCCCGGAUCAAAAUGCAAGAGGGAGUGAAAAUGGCCUUGGCACUCCCGUGGUUCCACAACAGAAACUUCUCCGGCUUCAGCAUCACAAACCGGUCGUCUAUAAAACGCCUGUGCAUCAUCGAAUCUGUGUUUGAAGGUGAAGGCACAGCCACCCUGAUGUCUGCCAACUACCCGGACGGCUUCCCUGAGGACGAGCUCAUGACGUGGCAGUUCAUCAUCCCCGCGCACCUGCGGGCGAGCGUCUCCUUCCUCCACUUCAGUGUCUCCAACUGCGUGAAGAAGGAGGAGCGGGUUGAGUACUGCCUCCCAGGCUCCACCACCAACCCCGAGGUGUUCAAGCUGCAGGACAGGCAGCCUGGGAACAUGGCCGGGAGCUUCAACCUCUCUCUGCAGGGCUGUGACCAAGAUACCCAAAAUCCAGGCAUCCUCCGGCUGCAGUUUCAAGUAUUGGUCCAACAUCCACAAAAUGAAAGCAAUAAAACCUACGUGGUUGACUUGAGUAACGAGCAAGCCAUGUCACUGACCAUUGAGCAACGGCCCAGAAAACUGAGCCGCAAAUUUGUCCCCGGCUGCUUCAUGUGUCUGGACUCUCGGAUCUGCAGCACCAACCUCACCCUGACAGCUGGCUCCAAACACAAGGUCUCCUUCCUUUGUGAUGAUCUCACACGCCUGUGGAUCAACGCCGAGAAAACCAUAAGCUGCCUGGACCACCGGUACUGCCACAGGAAGUCCCACUCGCUCCAGGUGCCGUGGUACAUCCUCCAGCUGCCUGUGCAGCUGCACGACUUCUCCUGGAAGCUGCUGGUGCCCAAAGACAGCAUCAGCCUGGCACUGGUGCCUGCCCAGAAGCUGCAGCAGCACACUCACGAGAGGGUUUGCAACACCAGCUUCAGCUACCUCGUGGCCAGUGCCGUUCCCGGCCAGGACCUUAACUUCGGCUCCUUCUGCUCUGGAGGCUCCAUCGAGCAGAUUCAGGUGAAGCAGAACGUCUCGGUGACCCUCCGCACCUUUGCCCCCAACUUCCAGCAAGAGGCCUCCAGGCAGAGCCUGACCGUGUCCUUUAUCCCCCACUUCAAAGAGGAAGGUGUUUUCACAGUGACCCUGGACACGAAAAACAAGGUCUACCUGAGGACCCCUAACUGGGACAGGGGCCUACCAUCCCUCACCUCCGUGUCCUGGAACAUCAGCGUGCCCCAAGACCAGGUGGCCUGCCUGACCUUCCUCAAAGAGCGGACGGGCGUGGUCUGCCAAACAGGGCGUGCGUUCAUGAUCAUCCAGGAGCAGCGGCCCCACGCCGAGGAGGUCUUCAGCCUGGAGGAGGAGGUGCUGCCCAAGCCAAGCUUCCACCAUCACAGCUUCUGGGUCAACAUCUCCAACUGCAGCCCCAUGAGCAGGAAGCAGCUGGACCUGCUUUUCUGGGUCUCGCUUACCCCAAGGACCAUAGACCUGACUGUCAUCAUCCUCGCGGUGGUGGGAGGUGGCACCUUACUGCUGUUUGCCCUCGGACUCAUCGUUUGCUUUGUGAAAAAGAAUAGGAAAAAGAAGAUCAACAAGGGCCCAGCUGUAGGUAUCUACAAUGGUAACGUCAAUACCCAGAUGCCGAUGCAGCCAAGAAAGUUUCAGAAAAGACAGAAGGACAAUGACUCCCACGUGUAUGCCGUCAUCGAUGACACCAUGGUGUAUGGGCAUCUGCUGCAGGAUUCCAAAGGGUCCUUCCUCCAGCCAGAGGUGGACACCUACCCGCCCUUCCAGGGCCCAACAGGGAACUGCCCUCCCUCCCCACCCCACAUAUGCUCCAGGGCUCCAACUGCAAAGUUGACCAAAGAUGAGCCAUCCUCUGGCUUCCUUUCUGAGUCUGAGAGCAAACCGUACACCUCCCACCCCAAAGACAGGAAUAUAAGCAAUAGGAACACAGACCCUCCCUUGCUAGAAACCUACGAGACCAUGGAGCCUGGGGAAUAACUUGGACCCACCCCAAAGACUUCACAUAAAUCAGGGCACUGAGAUGCCCUUUAGGGUUCCCACCCAGAAAUCCUGAAGAAGAGGAAUUCUGUGGAAGGAUAGCAGGAGGUUUUUCUGGAUGCCACCAACUUCUGAUUUCCAAGUGGACUCAUUCCAGUGCUGAGACAUUGAAAAUGAUGAAUUGUGAUCUGGAUACUAUCAUCACAGUGAAUGUCCUUCUAAACUCAGGUUGGGUUGUAACCAGUCCAUAAUGAGAGGUGAGAGGCUGAAUCACGCAGGACAGGGAUGCAAUGAGCCCUAGAUUUGGAUUUGGAUUUGGAUUUAGACUUCUUCAAGUUGACAGUGCCAACCCCUAGGAGCCCACGGAGACCUCUGCUCUCACUGGGGCCCCCUGGGUAGAAAUGUCAGUGUGCUUUAUUAUUAUUAUUAUUUAUUUGGUGGUCCUGUGUAUUUAAGAAGUCAAAUGUAUAGCCAUGCAGCUCUUUUCACCUGACGUAGUGACAGCUCACGCUAACUGGUUAGAUGGCUGGGUUUUGACUUCUGCUGACCACUAGAUAAACAUGUGCUUGUUCCCUGGGAGGUGGGAAUAAUUUGCAGUCUGUCCAGCCAGAAAAGGGUGUGUGUGCUUGAGGGUACUGACGCACAUCUGCUUUGAUAAGAGACUUGCUGGUUCUCUCACUCUGCGUGUGGUUAUCCUACCACAGAAAUCCAUCUUGAGUCCCAUUGUCCUUUGACCUAGGAGUAAGAGAAAUUUCCUGGAAUUGCCAUGUGUGGCUCUCCCAGCUGCAGCAAUACUUUAGCAUCUAAAUAGAAAUUUAGAGAGUAUUUUCAUCCUCUAAAAACAUUGAAGGAUACACCAAAGGAUGGCCACCUGUAUUAGUUUCCUAAUGCUACUGCAACAAAUUACUGCAAGCAUGGUGGCUUAAAAGAAUGCAAAUUUCCUAUCUUAGGGUUCUGGAGGUCAGAAGCGCAAAAUGGGUUUCACUGAGCGCAAAUCCAUGUGUCAGCAGAGCUGUGCUCCUUCUGGAGGCUCUAGGGGAGAAUCCGUCUCCUUGCCUUUUCUAGUUUGUAGAGGCUGCUCACAUUCUUUGCCUCUGAUGGUGGCAAUGUGACACUCCUGCUUCCUUCUUUUACUGACAAGGAACUUUCACUUACAAAGCCCGGCCGGAUAAUCCAGAAUUAUCUCCCCAUCUCAAGACCUUUAAUUACACUGAAAAGUCCCUUCUGCCCUGUAAGGUAAUAUAUACAUAGAUGCUGGGGAUUAGGACAUGGACCAUUAUUCUGCCUACCACACCUUUCCUGCCCCUGCAGGAGAGACUGCAGAAUGAUCCAGCCUACAGGUGUGUUUUGUUUAGCCUGCGCAUCUUUUUAAAGAGUUAGUCACCAACAUUUAAAAUUAUAAAAUGUUUACAUAAAAAUCCAGAUUGGAAGGUCUGGCCAUGCUGGGGCUCACAUUCUCACCGAGCAACAACCAGCUGGAGUUGCAACGCAGCUCAUCUUUAGAUGGGGCAUCUGGUUCACCAGUUCACCGCAGGGCCCACCAACCCUGUCACCUCACACACUGAGGCUGAGGGUCUGCUGCUAUUGGUCAACACCCUGCAGAGUUGCUUCUCUCAUAAUGAAAUGGAAAGUUCAAGACUCAUAUCUCAUAUGAAAUAAGAAGACAAUUCUUGAGGCUGAUGGGUGCUUCAGGAAAGUUUCUUUUACACACAGCCCACAUCCUUCAUUUAUACUAAUUACCAGCCCAGCUCCUGUGGGCAUUUGCCUUUGUGGCCCCUGUUCUCAUCCGGGAGGAGAAGGAUUGUGUUAUGGCUUGUCAGUACAGUCCCAGGUCGAUACUUCUGUGGCAAAACCUCCUUUAAAAAGUAGUUGCAAGGGGCCUCCCUGGUGGCGCAAGUGGUUGAGAGUCCGCCUGCCGAUGCAGGGGAUACGGGUUCGUGCCCCGGUCUGGGAGGAUCCCAUAUGCCACGGAGCGGCUGGGCCCGUGAGCCAUGGCCGCUGAGCCUGCGCGUCCGGAGCCUGCGCGUCCGGAGCCUGUGCUCCGCAACGGGGGAGGCCACAACAGUGAGAGGCCCGCAUACCGCAAAAAAAAAAAAAAAAAAAAAAAGUAGUUGCAGGGCUUCCCUGGUGGCGCAGUAGUUAAAGAAUCUGCCUGCCAAUGCAGGGGACAUGGGUUCAAGCCCUGGUCCAGGAGGAUCCCACAUGCCACAGGGCAACUAAGCCCGAGCGCCACAACUACUGAGCCUGCACUCUAGAGCCCGCGAGCCACAACUACUGAACCCACAUGCCACAACUACUGAAGCCUACACGCCCUAGAGCCUGUGCUCCGCAACAAGAGAAGCCACUGCAAUGAGACACCCGCGCACCAUAACAAAGAGUAACCCCCGCUUGCUGUAACUAGAGAAAGCCCGCACGCAGCAACAAAGACCCAAUGUAGCCAAAAAUAAAUAAAUUAAAAAAUAAUAAUAAAAGGAAUUAACAUCAAAAGAAAAGUAGAUGCAGGUCGUCGUGUUCAGUGACUUCACCUUGGAAAUACACUGCCCAGACUUCUCCACCUGCUACUUUGCCUCCAUGAAAAGGAGUUUUGCAAUCUCCUAAAUGGUGUGUGUUCCAGGGUUUUUUUUAACUUUCCAGGAGGAAGAGUAUGUUGGGGGUUUUUAAAUUAUGCCUUCGGUGCUGUCAGUGACACCUUUACUUCUGAAAGGCUGGCUCUGCCCAGGGACCCUCAGCCUCUUGACCUGAGAUGCUGGCGAACACCCUCCAGGAAGGGCCAGAGGAGGGCUGUGCCUUCCUUCCCUCUGCUGAAAUUGUAUCAAUAUUUAAAACCAUCGUUGGGGCCCUGGCCCCCCAUUCUCUGCCUUCUCUGACCUCCUGGCCGCUUCUGACAGUCACUCAGUCAGUGCUCUGAAUCCCACCCUCAAAGCAUGGCUGUCAUCACACGUCACCUUUACUCACAAGGGCACCACGUGGCCAUUUUCUUUUAACCGAGAGCUCAAAACUCCAGGCCAAGUUGCUGUCUUCUUGAGACCUCAGGUGGAUUUAAUGUUUUCCAAAGACAUGCCUCCUUGAAGGGGCCAGCCCGACAUACCCCUGGCUCUUUUCUUUUAAGCCCAGGCCCCACUUCUGUAAAAUAUUUCAGGGUCACUGAAAACCAAACACAUUUGUUGAAGCCUAGCUUGUGCCAGCACGGUAUCCUCCACGCUGGGUCUGCUGAUGCGGGGCUGCCCUCACGCCCAUCCUCUGUACCUGUGACAAAGCCUGACUCAGACAGGACUGGUUAAUGCUGCAGUCAUUUUGCACGGGAGGGGUAUGUUUCAAGGAAGAGUCAAGGGAGAAAAGCAUAAGUCCAUGGAACAUAACCUGGGUCAAGGUUAGGACUGAUUUGUGUGGAUCUGCAAUGCUUAACUCGAAAUAAUUUAUUUGUUGUAUAUACUUUUGAGGCAGCAUUUUAUUCAUUUCCUACACUUUUUUAAAUAAACAGAUAUACAGA